AUGUCAGGACAAGCAUCAUCAGCCGCUGCUGCGGCAACAACGUCGCGGUUUCAGGCGUUCAUGAACCACCCUGCUGGGCCGAGGACAAUCUUCUUCUGGGCACCAAUGGCCAAGUGGGCGCUCGUCGCAGCCGGCGUCAAAGAUCUCUCUCGGCCAGCUGAGAAGUUAUCUCUGAACCAGAACCUUGCGCUCACUGCUACCGGAUUCAUCUGGGUCCGCUACUCAUUCGUCAUCACCCCCGUCAACUACUCGCUCGCAGCCGUCAACUUCUUUGUCGGCGCUACAGGGCUCGGACAGCUGUAUAGGAUCUGGGAUUAUAGGCGGAGUCACCCGGUGGCGGCCAAGGUGGAGGGGGCGGUACAUGACAAGUAG